UUGUUUUCAGGUAUGAUAAUGAUGAUGAUGAUGAUGAUGAUGAUGAAGCAGGUGGGAUUAAUCUUCCUCCUGACUGAACUCACUCAGGUCUCUACUUUUACAAACUACACAGCGUGUAAAAAUCGUGACAGAAAGAGAACAUGGAGUGUGACAGCUGGAGAGUCUUUGUAUCUAAUGUGUCCAAAUCUUGAUUGUUAUGAAGACAAAUAUAACAGUUCAUAUGUUUGGUUUAAGAAUAUCAAUAAAACGAUGAGUUUGGAAAAGAUUGGAACAGAGGAACACGAGCGUGUGCAUUACCACAGAUCUGUGUUAUACAUCCUUCAGUUAACUCUAGAAGAUACAGGACGUUAUAUCACACAGGAAUGGUUUUCGGAUCAAACUUGUCGUGAAUUUGAAGUGGACCUUGUGGUUUAUGAAGAGUUUAGCCCAAAUCUUUUAUAUUCUGACAUUUCAAUAUCAAGGGAAAGCUCGAAUUCAAUUCCCUGUCCUGUGUGUGAAAAUCAAAAUGGAACAUUCAUCUGGUAUAAGAAUUUCUCUCUCAUUUCAACUCAAGAGUUUGGGGAUAUUUUACGCAUUCGUAAUGCGAAGGUAUUUACACGUGUGUUUGUACCUGGGAACAUCAUGGCAGAAAGUACAACACCUCUGCAUCUCGUCCGGUUUACAUUACAGAACCAUCUGCCAUUAUUCCUCCACAGAUCAUUCUUCCUGUCAAUAACUCCAUUUUUUAUGUUGAUAUGGGUACAGAAAUUGUCCUCACAUGUUCUGUGUUCACUGGAUCCUUCGGGAAAGAUAAGUGCUGGUGUGACUGGGAAAGAAACGGGACCACGCUGAAUGGAUAUAAAGUGGAAUACAGAGAGGAUGAUGAGUUCAUUCAUGCAGUUCUGACCAUCAGUGAAGUUUCUCAGGUGGACCUGUCUGUGUUUCAGUGUAUAGCUGAUUACUCGUAUGAAGUGAUGUUUGUAUCGGUCACUUUGAAGAGCAGAGAUGUGGGAGUAUCGAGUCUGACGCUGAUCUCAGUUUGUGUUUGUGUGCUGUUUCUCUUUCUGCUGAUCACCGGAGCAGUCAACAUGUUCGCUGUAGAUUUUGUGCUUUUAGUCAGAGGAAUUUUCAAGAAGCUCAACAGAAAAGAAGAUGGGAAAGUGUAUGACGCUUAUGUGAUUUACCAGAGAAACAACUUAGAUGAGACGUCAGAAAAAACUUUAAGUGAAUUUAUUAAUGAAGAACUUCCUACGGUAUUGGAGAAAAACUUUGGCUACAAACUUUACAUUCCUGCUAGAGAUGAUCUACCAGGCGAAGACUGCAUGAGUCUGAUCGAAACUAAGAUAGAGCUCAGCCGAAGACUUAUCUUCAUGAUCACUCCAGGAAACAGAGAGCAAGAACACAGCGGUUCUCCUGAAGCUUAUGAUGUUCAGGUGGGACUCCAUCAGGCUUUGGUACAGGGAGACACCGCUGUCAUCCUCAUCCAGUUAGAAGAAAUCCAGGACUACACACAUCUGCCACUCGGACUGCAGCAUCUUCUCAAAAACAAUCCUCCUUUACAAUGGAGAGAUGGAGAAAAAACAAAUUCAAGGUUUUGGAGACAAGUGCGCUACAGAUUACCCGUUCCAUCAUGUCAGAAAGACUGUCUGAAGAAAACAUCUGUAACAUUAAACUAUCACAAGAUUCAGACUGAAAAUGAACAAAUAUGAUCCAGGCUCUAAAUCCAGGCUGAAGUCUCAAAAUCUAAUAAUGAGAUUGAAUUCACAUCUUUGACUUAAUCUUAGAUAUCAAGGUUUUAUUUUUGCAAAAUGUUCUUUACAGUAUGUCUAAAAAGUGUUUUGUUCCGUAACUUUGUUCCGUAAAAAUAACUAUUGCGAGUUAAGUACCUUUACUAGACAAAUUAUGCGAAUGCUUUGUUAAAGAGAAAAGUUUUAAGUCUAGAUUUAAAAUGAUCGAUUUAAAUCAUUCCAGAGCUUAGGGGCUAAAUAGGAAAAGGAUCUUCCACUUUUAGACACUUUUGAUAGUCUAGGGAUAGUCAAUAGACCAGAAUUUUGCAACCGUAGUGUGCGUGAUGGAUUGUAUUCUGAUAGUAAUUCUCUAAGAUAUGAGGGUGCUAGGCCAUUUAAAGCUUUGUAGGUGAUUAGUGAUAUUUUAAAUUGUAUGCGAUAUUUAACUGGUAGCCAGUGUAAAGAUGCCAGAAUUGGGCUUAUGUGGUCGUACUUUUUAGAUCGAGUAAGUACCCUUGCAGAAGCGUUUUGAACUAGCUGAAGCUUGUUUACCUGAUUUGCAUGGCAUCCCCCAAGUAGCGAGUUACAAUAGUUUAUUCUAGAGGUCAUAAAAGCAUGGAUAAGCUUCUCUGCGUCACAUGUAGACAGUAUAUGGCGUAUUUUUGAGAUAUUUCUAAGAUGGAAGAAUGCUGUGCGGCAGACGUUGACGAUAUGACUAUCGAAGGAUAAGUUGCUGUCGAACAUCAGACCUAAGUUCCUAACCGAGGAAGAUGGCACCACAGUACAGCCAUCUAUGUGCAAUUUGUAAUCUGACAUAUUAUGUUUGUAGCGAUUCGGUUUAAUAACAAGUAUCUCUGUCUUAUUGGAGUUGAGCUUAAGAAAGUUAUGUGCGAGCA